AUGAAAAAAUAUUGUGAUUGCAAACACAUAUGUGGUUUUACAUAUCCGACGAAUCAACCAAAUCAGUUUGGAAAAUGUAAAUGGACCACAAACAAUCCGAAUUCUUUAACUCAUGAAUGUAAAGGGAUG